CGCCCUUUCCCUCGCAGGCGCCGCCCCGGGCCCGCCCCUUCCCGGCGUGAGGGGGAGGCGGCCGCAGCCCCGCAGCUGCAGCCAUGGCGCUGGUCACCCUGCAGCGCUCGCCGACCCCCAGCGCCGCCUCCUCGGCCAGCACGAGCGAGGCAGAGGCUGGCAGUGAUGAGGAGCGUAGACUGAAUGUGAGCCUCAGCGAGAGCUUUUUCAUGGUGAAAGGUGCAGCUCUUUUCUUACAGCAAGGAAACAGCUCCCAGGGCCAGAGAAGCCUCCAGCAUCCCCACAAACAUGCAGGUGACUUGCCCCAGCACCUGCAGGUGAUGAUCAACCUCCUGCGCUGCGAGGACAGGAUCAAACUGGCCGUGCGCUUGGAGAGCGUGUGGAGCGACCGCGUGCGCUACAUGGUGGUGGUGUACAGCAACGGGUGCCAGGACACCGAGGAGAACAUCCUGCUGGGAGUGGACUUCUCCAGCAAGGAGAGUAAAAGCUGCACUAUAGGAAUGGUUCUUCGCCUGUGGAGUGAUACUAAAAUCCAUCUGGAUGGGGAUGGUGGCUUCAGCGUGAGCACUGCAGGGAGGAUGCACAUCUUCAAACCUGUGUCAGUGCAAGCCAUGUGGUCUGCUUUACAGAUCCUCCACAAAGCCUGUGAGGUUGCCAGGAGGUACAACUACUUCCCAGGGGGGGUGGCCUUGGUGUGGGCCACCUACUACGAGAGCUGCAUCAGCUCGGACCAGAGCUGCAUCAACGAGUGGAACGCCAUGCAGGACCUGGAGUCCACCCGCCCCGACUCCCCUGCCCUCUUUGUGGACAAGCCGACGGAAAGGGAACGAACGGAGCGGCUCAUCAAAGCCAAGCUCCGGAGCAUCAUGACCAGCAAGGACCUGGAAAAUGUCACUUCCAAGGAGAUCCGAAACGAGCUGGAGAAACACAUGAACUGCAACUUGAAGGAAUUCAAGGAAUUUAUAGACAAUGAAAUGCUGCUGAUCCUGGGCCAGAUGGACAAACCAUCCCUGAUUUUUGAUCAUUUGUACCUGGGCUCCGAGUGGAACGCGUCCAACCUGGAGGAGCUGCAGGGCUCGGGCAUUGACUACAUCCUGAACGUCACCCGCGAGAUCGACAACUUCUUCCCAGGCCUGUUCGCGUACCACAACAUCCGCGUGUACGACGAGGAGACCACGGACCUGCUGGCACACUGGAACGAGGCCUAUCACUUCAUCAACAAGGCCAAGAAGAACCACUCCAAGUGCCUGGUGCACUGCAAGAUGGGCGUGAGCCGCUCGGCCUCCACGGUCAUCGCCUACGCCAUGAAGGAGUUUGGCUGGUCCCUGGAGAAGGCCUACAACUACGUGAAGCAGAAGCGCAGCAUCACGCGGCCCAACGCCGGCUUCAUGCGGCAGCUGCUGGAGUACGAGGGCAUUCUGGAUGCCAGCAAGCAGCGCCACAACAAACUGUGGAAGCAGCAGGCAGAGAGCAACCUGCCCCAGAACACCGACGGCACCGCGGGCUCGGGAGACUUCUUACUGGAGAGCUUGGACAUCGACCUGGAGAACCGCCUGGCUGACCUGGACAUGCCUUCCCAGUCCGCCUACCUGGACAACCGGGCCGGCUCCGAGGGCUUCGGGUACUGCUUCCGCCGCCUGUCGGACACGCUGCUGGAGAACAAAAUUCCUGGGGACAGAGAGGGCUUCUUCCACAUGGAGCAGCUGGAGAGGGAUGCCCUGGUGGGACAGCCUCCGUCUGCACCUUCCCAGGGGAGGCUGCUGGAGAUGGAAAAGGCCCCGGAGAGAGCGGAGCCGCUGGCAGAGCUGGGCGGCUUCUGUGAGAAAGAGGCAAAGAAGAAACUGGACUUCAGCCCCAGGAAGGGAAGGAUGGUCCUUGGGGAGCCAGGGGAGGACGGUGUCAGGGAGGAAAACCCCAUGGAAAAGUGGAAGCGGCGUUUGUCCAUGCACAAGGAGGAGAGCAGGCUCAAUAGGGAGAACUUGAAUAACAACAACAGCAAAAGGAGUUGCCCAGAGGAUUUUGAGCACGAUGCCGUGUUUGGGAUCCUCAGCAAGGUGAAGCCUUCCUACCAGUCCUGCACUGACUGCAUGUACUCCUCGGCAGGACUGGCCCCCGAGCCCUUUGGGGAGCAGUGCGAGAGGCUCAGCGCCGGCACCGCGCGGCGCAGCAGCACCAUCUGCACCCAGCCCCCCCUGCUGCCCCACCUGCACUCCCACCUGAUGGAGCACCUGCCCAGCAGGGCACCCCCCGAGGAGCCGGGCAGGACUAAACACAACGAGGCUCCGCUCCCUCUGGCACCAGGGGCUGUGGAGGUUGGCACGUGCAGGGCACUGGAUCAGCACUGCGGCCUUUUGGAGAGAGGGAAAGAUGCGCCAAAAACCCCCGAAAAAACUCUGCAGCCCAGGAGGAACUCCCACUGUGACAGGAGCCUCCUUCACGCAGAGGUGGUGAGGGAAGAGUCUCUGGCCAGAAAGGACCCCAGGCCUACCAAGGACGUGAAGUACCUGUUGUUCAGCAAAGACUUGGAAAAGCCGAGCGCCAACAGUUACUUGAUGCAGCACCAGGAGUCGCUGCUGCAGCUGCAGAAAGCGGGGUUGGUCAGGAAGCACACCAAAGAGCUGGAGCGCCUCAAGAGCCUGCCCUCGGACCCCUCGGUGCUGCUCAGGGACAGCCCCCUGGGCAGGGUGGACUCCAGCAUCGUGGAGGAAAGCGAGGACUUGAUGGCCCAUCCCGGCCUUGUGCCUCUCCUGGCCCCGGCCCAGCUCGUGGCCGGAGACGCCGAGAACGACGUGGAGAAGCUGGGGGUGAAGCGUGUCCUGGAGGGCAUCUCCCAGAAAACCUCCACACCCGCUGGGUGCCGCCUGGAGCACACCAGCAGCUUCACCAAGGACUUCCUGAAGACCAUCUGCUACACCCCCUCCUCCUCCCGCAGCUCCAACCUGACCCGCAGCUCCAGCAGCGACAGCAUCCACAGCGUGCGGGGCAAGCCCGGCCUGGUGAAGCAGCGCACGCAGGAGAUCGAGACCAGGCUGCGCCUGGCCGGCCUCACCGUGUCCUCUCCCCUGAAAAGAUCCAAUUCCCUGGCCAAGCUGGGCUGUCUGAACCUGUCCUCCGAGGACUUGUCGAGCGACGUGGACGUGGCCACCAUCACGGACUCCAAGGAGGCCGUGUCCAGCGAGUGCUCCGUGCUCUGUGAGCCCCCGGCGAGGGGCCCGGACGGCGCCUCCAAACCAGGGCUGAAGCCCCUGGCUGGGAACUUGAAGAACACGCUCUGGAUGGGCAAAAGUUGAUGCCUUGCUGGGGGGGGAGGGAGGGGGCUGGAUUU